GUUCUCACGGAAACUGACCGUCUGCUCGUCCGCAACUCUGUCGCAGCGCUGUUUGCGCCCGAAGGAGCGUCUGCGAACGAGGAGAACUCGGUGGUCGAGGAAGGCUCCAUGUUUUUGGAGGAGUGGAUGAAGGACUACUGGACUGCGGAGAUCCAGGGCUUGAGCACCCCAGAAAUCUUGGAGCUCGCCUGUGGCCUCCGCGAGGCUGGUCUGGGCCCUGGCUGGCCCUUGAACGCAAUCCUUGCCGAGACCGAUCGGCGCCUGGAACCCCAGGGGAAGUUGCCGCCCCGGCAUGGAUUGAAGCUCCGUCAGAAGGGCGGCACGGGGGUAGGGAGGCAAGAUUCUGGAUACCUCAUGAACAUGUUGCUUGGCUUCAUCGACAAUUUCUCGCUUCCCGGCCCUACCUUCAGAUCUAUUGAAGCCAUGAAGAUGGCAGGUCCCGUGUUCAAUGCCAAAUGCCGCCUGUUCCGGCUGGACCCAUACCUAAGCAGUGCUCCCCACCUUUCAGAGUCUGCCUGCACCGGUGCGGCUCCGAGUUUCCCCGCGCUCACUGGGAUUCUAGUGCAAGUCUCUUUGCGGUUCAACCUGGAGCCAGAGACGAUGCACGAGGUGGAGGAGGUUCUCCGGUCCUUGCUGAGCAACCCGGAGGCGGUCAAGCCGCUGCCCACCGCAUACUUCGUUGCCGUGCUCUCCGCCAUCUGCAGCUUUCCCAUACCCAAGGAGCUCCCGCUGCGGCUCGUAAGCUCCUUCCUGGACCGCGAGCAGAUGGGCCAGCACACCGUCCA